UUCACAUCUCAUUUUAGUGAGAGAAUAUCAAAAUUAGAAACCGAAAAGCUCUUUCCAGUUCGCAAAUCCUCAAACUUAUUAACAUUUUGUUUUCUUCUCAUUAUCGUUUUCUUGUCAGCUUAAAUACUGUAUCGUGGUUUUUUUUGGUUGUUAUUUUGGUCUGGUAAUUUCCGUUUGAACUCUAAAAGCUACAGGUCUUGGCCUCGCCGAUCUGUCUUACUGAGUUCGUCGUUCGGAACUCGGUCAUUUCGUCAAUGAGUUAGAGGAGAAGACCGAUACAACGCAAUCGUCAUGGCUGCACCAGUUAACAUUAUUGUGGGCUCUCAUGUAUGGGUUGAAGAUCCGGUGCUAGCAUGGCUUGAUGGGGAAGUUUUAAAAAUCAAUGGUGAAGAAGUUCAUGUUCAAGCAACAAAUGGAAAAACAGUUGUCACAGAUAUCUCAAAAGUAUAUCCAAAAGAUACUGAAGCACCACCUGGAGGUGUAGAUGACAUGACGAAGCUCUCAUAUUUGCACGAACCAGGGGUUCUGCAUAACUUGGCUAUGAGAUAUGAACUUAAUGAAAUCUAUACGUACACUGGCAAUAUCCUGAUUGCCAUAAACCCAUUUCAAAGAUUGCCACAUUUGUAUGAUACCCACAUGAUGGAACAGUAUAAAGGAGCUCAAUUUGGAGAGCUUAGCCCUCAUGUUUUUGCUGUAGCUGAUGUUGCAUAUAGGGCAAUGAUUAAUGAGGGAAAGAGCAACUCAAUUCUGGUUAGUGGAGAAAGUGGUGCUGGUAAGACUGAGACAACAAAGAUGCUCAUGAGAUAUCUAGCUUACCUAGGUGGCCGAUCUGGAGUAGAGGGACGAACAGUUGAACAACAAGUUUUGGAAUCAAAUCCAGUUCUUGAAGCUUUUGGAAAUGCCAAAACUGUUAGGAACAACAACUCAAGUCGAUUUGGUAAAUUUGUUGAGCUUCAGUUUGACAAGAACGGAAGGAUAUCUGGGGCAGCUGUACGGACUUACUUACUUGAAAGGUCUCGUGUCUGCCAAGUUUCAGAUCCUGAAAGAAACUAUCAUUGUUUUUACCUUCUCUGUGCAGCACCACCUGAGGUUAGAGAAAAGUAUAAGUUGGAUCACCCUAAAACAUUCCAUUACUUGAAUCAGUCUAACUGUUACAAGCUGGAUGGAGUGGAUGAUACUGAGGAAUAUCUUGCUACCAGAAGGGCUAUGGACAUAGUUGGAAUCAGUGAGGAAGAACAGGAGGGAAUUUUUAGGAUUAUAGCUGCAAUUCUGCAUCUUGGAAAUAUUGAAUUUGCAAAGGGAGAGGAGGUUGACUCUUCUGUUAUCAAGGAUGAAAAAUCUAGGUUCCAUCUUAAUACGACGGCUGAACUGCUAAGGUGUGAUGCCAAGAGCUUGGAGGAUGCACUGAUAAAACGUGUAAUGGUAACGCCAGAAGAGGUUAUCACAAGAACUCUUGAUCCUGGUUCUGCAGUGGGGAGCAGGGAUGCCUUAGCUAAAACAGUUUAUUCUCGCUUGUUUGAUUGGCUUGUGGAUAAGAUUAACUCUUCAAUUGGGCAAGAUCCAAACUCAAAAUCAUUAAUUGGAGUUCUUGAUAUUUACGGGUUUGAAAGUUUCAAGUUUAAUAGUUUUGAGCAGUUCUGUAUCAACUUUACCAAUGAAAAGCUACAACAACAUUUCAAUCAGCAUGUCUUUAAGAUGGAACAAGAAGAAUAUACAAAAGAAGAAAUCAAUUGGAGCUACAUAGAAUUUGUUGAUAACCAAGAUGUGUUGGAUCUGAUCGAGAAGAAGCCUGGAGGAAUUAUAGCACUUCUAGAUGAAGCCUGUAUGUUUCCUAAAUCUACACAUGAAACAUUUGCACAAAAGUUGUACCAGACAUUCAAAAACAACAAAAGGUUUAUAAAACCUAAGCUAUCUCGGACUAGUUUCACUAUAUCUCACUAUGCGGGGGAGGUUACCUAUCUGGCUGAUUUAUUCCUUGACAAGAACAAAGAUUACAUAGUGGCAGAACAUCAGGUGCUGUUGACAAUCUCUAAGUGCCCUUUUGUAGCAGGUCUAUUUCCUCCACUGCCAGAGGAGUCGUCUAAAUCAUCCAAAUUUUCUUCCAUUGGGUCACGUUUUAAGCUACAACUUCAAUCUUUGAUGGAGACCUUGAAUUCAACAGAACCUCACUAUAUCAGAUGUGUGAAGCCUAACAAUGUCCUCAAGCCUGCAAUUUUUGAGAAUGCCAACAUAAUUCAGCAAUUACGAUGCGGUGGUGUCCUUGAGGCAAUUAGGAUCAGCUGUGCUGGUUAUCCUACAAGACGAACAUUUUAUGAGUUUCUACACCGUUUUGGUGUUCUUUCUCCAGAAGUUCUAGAAGGAAACUAUGAUGAGAAGGUUGCGUGCCAAAAGAUUCUGGACAAAAGGGGGUUGCAAGGUUAUCAGAUAGGCAAGACAAAAGUGUUCCUAAGAGCUGGUCAGAUGGCAGAGCUGGAUGCAAGAAGAGCAGAGGUGUUGGGUAAUGCGGCUAGAACCAUCCAAAGGCAAAUUCGUACUUAUAUUGCAAGGAAGGAGUUUAUUAAGAUGCGCAAAGCUGCAAUUGUGUUGCAAUCUCAUUGGCGGGGCAUCUUGGCUUGCCGACUGUAUGAGCAGUUGCGAAGGGAGGCUGCAGCUGUGAAGAUUCAAAAGAAUUUCCACAAAUACACUGCAAGGAAAUCGUACUCAACAGUACAAUUUUCUGCAAUCACAUUGCAGACAGGAUUAAGAGCAAUGGUUGCUCGUAAUGAGUUUAGAUUCAGAAAGCAAACAAAGGCUGCAAUUAUCAUUGAGGCUUAUUUGCGUCGCCAUCUAGCGUAUUCUUAUUAUAAGAGUCUUAAGAAGGCUGCAUUGGUUUCCCAGUGUGGUUGGAGGCAAAGGGUUGCUCGUAGAGAGCUUAGAAAGCUCAAAAUGGCUGCAAGAGAAACAGGAGCCCUUAAAGAAGCAAAAGACAAACUAGAAAAGCGGGUGGAAGAACUUACAUGGCGACUGCAGUUUGAGAAGCAAUUGAGGACUAAUUUGGAAGAGGAAAAAGCCCAAGAAAUCGCCAAGUUACAGGAUGCUUUGCAUGCAAUGCAACUACAAGUAGAAGAGGCAAAUUCUAGGGUUCUGAAAGAACGAGAGGCUGCUCGAAAAGCUAUUGAAGAGGCACCUCCUGUCAUUAAGGAAACUCCUGUUAUGGUUCAAGACACGGAAAAGAUUGAGUCAUUAGCGGCUGAGGUAGAGAGUUUGAAGGCUUUGCUUUUAUCAGAAAGACAGGCUGUUGCAGAGGCCAGGAAGGCGUCUGCUGAUGCUGAGGUCAGAAAUGUGGAACUGUCUGAAAAACUUGAAGAUGCAGAGCAAAAAGUGGAUCAGCUUCAAGAAUCCGUCCAGAGGCUUGAAGAGAAACUUUCCAAUUCAGAAUCUGAGAAUCAAGUACUUCGUCAGCAGGCACUGACUAUGUCACCAACAGGAAAAUCUUUGUCUGCACAGUCCAAGACAAUGAUUAUUCAGAGGACUCCUGAGGGUGGAAAAUUUCAAGAUGGAGAAAUGAAAGUUGUGCCGGACAUAACUGUUGCCUUAUCCCAUGCACGCGAGCCUGAAUCAGAGGAAAAGCCUCAAAAAUCUCUAAAUGAAAAGCAGCAGGAAAACCAGGACUUGCUGAUCAAGUGUGUAUCACAGAACCUGGGAUUCUCUGGGGGCAAACCAGUUGCUGCUUGUGUCAUAUACAAAUGUCUUCUUCACUGGAGGUCAUUUGAAGUUGAAAGGACAACUGUUUUUGACCGUAUCAUUCAAACUAUAGCUUCAGCCAUAGAGAUCCAUGAUAAUAAUGAUGUCUUAGCAUAUUGGCUAUCCAAUUCAUCAACGUUAUUGCUACUGCUCCAACACACUCUCAAAGCUAGUGGUGCUGCUAGCUUGACACCACAACGACGAAGAACAACAUCAGCUUCUCUUUUUGGGAGAAUGUCUCAAGGGUUACGGGCAUCUCCUCAAAGUGCUGGACUCUCAUUUCUUAAUGGUCGAGGGGUUAGUAGAUUGGAUGACUUACGACAGGUUGAGGCCAAGUAUCCUGCACUACUUUUUAAGCAGCAGCUCACUGCCUUUCUUGAAAAAAUAUAUGGAAUGAUGAGGGACAAUCUAAAGAAAGAGAUCUCCCCGCUGCUAGGCUUAUGUAUUCAGGCACCCAGGACUUCACGCGCAAGUUUAGUUAAAGGACGUUCACAAGCUAAAGCAGUUGCUCAGCAAGCUUUAAUUGCUCAUUGGCAAAGCAUAGUCAAAAGCUUGAAUAAUUAUUUGAAGAUUAUGAAAGCAAACUACGUACCUCCUUUCUUAGUCCGUAAGGUGUUCACUCAAAUAUUCUCAUUCAUUAAUGUUCAACUAUUCAAUAGUCUUCUUCUGAGGCGUGAGUGUUGCUCAUUCAGUAACGGGGAAUAUGUAAAAGCAGGUUUGGCUGAAUUAGAACAGUGGUGUUAUGAGGCCACUGAAGAAUAUGCGGGCUCUGCAUGGGAUGAGUUGAAGCAUAUUAGGCAGGCUGUAGGGUUCCUAGUCAUACAUCAAAAACCCAAAAAGACUCUGGAUGAAAUAACUAGAGAACUUUGCCCCGUGCUCAGCAUACAGCAGUUGUACAGGAUCAGUACAAUGUACUGGGACGACAAAUAUGGUACACACACUGUUUCUUCAGAGGUUAUUUCAAGUAUGAGAGUCCUCAUGACGGAGGACUCGAACAAUGCUGUAAGCAGUUCUUUCCUGUUAGAUGAUGACUCAAGCAUUCCAUUCACGGUUGAUGACAUUUCCAAGUCCUUGCAACGAGUGGACAUAGCUGAAGUUGUACCUCCAGCAUUGAUUCGUGAAAACUCAGGUUUUGGGUUCUUACUUCCACGGUCAGAGUGAAAUUCACUAGCAUGAAUUAAAGUAUUUGAAUCUUGUCUCUCUUUGUGGUGUUCUGGGACACACCACAAAUCUGUGCAUAUAAUCUCAUUGUCUGUCACAAUUCAUGUGCAUAAUGCAUUCUCCAUAGACUCGGGCUACCUUUGUUGAAGCCCGGGCCGUUUUAUUCUUUCCCUCACGUUUCUUCAACAGGAGGGGUUUUUUAAGAAGGCAUAUCACUCGGUGUGAUGAUGUCCAGUUAUAGAAACAAGCAUGGUGUCUGGCAAUUUCAGACACCCCUUAUAUUCUUUUCAUUUAUUCAUUCAUUUUCUCAGUUGGGCUUCUUUUGUUGUUUCUGGGGUUUCUAAUUUUCUAUUGGUUUAGAGUGUUUUUCUUUCUUUUUUUUUCCUUGGGGUGUGAGUGAUCGAGGCUGUAUUUUAUAGGCUAUUGUUUGCUAUAUGAGAAGUGAUUUGCAUUUGUAUGGUGUAGUUGUUUUUGUUCUAAGAACGGAUAUAAGAAGAAAGAGCUGCCCUACGCUGUUGCUUCUUUUUCUCUCCUCUCUCACACCACCCAAUUCAUCAACAUGUGGGGAGAAUUUUGUCUAUUUUUACUUACUAGCUCAGCAGUUUUACAUUGAA